AAGGGGCAAGCCAAAGCCAAAUUCCCUGUCUCUUCAUCUCCAGCAUGUGGAAGGCACUGCUCCUGAGUCUGUAUGUAGUGCUGGCUGUGAGAGGAUUGGCAAAGGGUGCUCCUCUCCAACCAGAAGAGAAAUGGAAGUCUCUCGAUAACCCCAGAAACAGAGACCUGUUUUUCAGAAUGCUCCAGGCUUACUUCUCAGGCAGGGGGCUUGAUCUCAGAAAGUUCCCAGCUGCUUUCCCUGUGAACAAUGAAGGACCAAGGCCUGUCGCGUUCUACUCAGAUCCUAUUGCUUCUGCAUUUGCAGAAUAUGAAGAAAGGAAGAAAUCUUUUCAGAACUAUUUCAAAGGCUGAAAGAUUCUGCUGCUGAAGGUGUUAACUUCAGAACUCCAUACCAAGUGGAAACCUUCACAGCAAAAUCUUACUGUUUUGACUUUUUAACUGUUACCUGACAAUUAGAAAUUCUCUCCAGUCGCCGUUUCUGCCAGCGGAAUCUGUCCCGCCGUAACGAGCAUCAUUCUGUGUACUGACGAAAGUGUGGGGUUUGGCUAUUGCAGUCUGUGAGCAGAAUUGUGCUUAGGUGUGAAUA